CGGCCCCUCCCGGCGCGGGAGGAGACCUGCUGCGGAGUGGGUGCUAGGGAGUGGGUGCGGCCAGCGUGGCGCAGCAGGCGAGGGUUGGGGGUCACCGUCUUGCACCCCGUGGGCCCACUGCGCAGACCCGAGGUCCCGCUUGCGGGUGGCUUUGCUGUGGCUUGGGCUGCGCGCCGCGCCCCCCUUCCUCCCCAGACGCGCAGGAUCUUCUGUGGUCCGGGACCCCGCGGGUGGCGACGCGGGGCGCGCUUUCACUGAGCCCGGGGCUCGCGAUGCCGCUUGGCCUGGCCACCCCCGUCGAGCGCCGCGCCGGGGACCCAGUCCGCGUCUGAGCAGCGCCGGCUGCGGGGAACCUCAUAGCAGGACCCUGAACCAGCCUUUCUUCUAACAGCCAACUUCUGCUGCUGCAGUGUCCCCUGCCUGGACCUGUCCCUGUACCACCCCUCAGCAGAGAGCACAGGAAUGAAGGAAGGCAUGUCUAAUAACAGCACCACCAGCAUCUCCCAGGCCAGGAAAGCUGUAGAGCAGCUGAAGAUGGAAGCCUGCAUGGACAGGGUGAAGGUCUCCCAGGCUGCCUCAGACCUCCUGGCCUACUGUGAAGCCCAUGUGCGGGAGGAUCCUCUCAUCAUCCCAGUGCCUGCCUCAGAAAACCCCUUCCGGGAGAAGAAGUUCUUCUGCACCAUUCUCUAAUACCCACGGCGAUGAAGCGGGUCCUUUCCAGCCGUAAAUGUUCCAAGUAGAGACCAUGCAUGCUCCCAUGUAGAGGCAUGCCUCCCACAACACCCCAUCUCUGUCCAACCAACCAUGAUCUGAGCUUAUCUUGUUUUAUCAUAUUUCCUUCCUAACAUUGUUUCCUCUUCCUUUUUCUUUUCUUUUCUUUCUUUUUCUGGUUUCAUUUUGUCUUACUUCCAUCCAUAGAGAAAACAGACAUUUUUAUAGCCAAAUAACAAAUGUGCCAUAUAAAAGUGUAGAUUUAAAGGUCUACAAUUUUUAAACUUUCCCAGCCAUAAAUAUAUCCAGUUAAUAAAUUUCAGUGGGUAAUUCAUUGAAAUCAAAACCAUGCACAAGUGUCUCCCAUGCACAGUAAUUCAAUAGCAGAUGAGAGCAUGUCAGCCAGACACAUGUGAGCGUGGGGUCUCUUUCUCCUCUGGCAUCUCUAUCAUAGGAGCCUUCAGGUGCCAUAUGGCUAGGCCCUAUAGAUGACUAAUAUCUGUUUAUCACUGAAGCUGAUUCUUCUGAGAGUACAUUUGUGGUGUGGAGCAGCCUUGACUGUAGAUACUCACCAGACAGCCCCACUGGGCCAUGUCCUCGAUCCAAAUGCCCUGCUCUCCCUGCUUGCUCCCUCCUACUUGAUGUUUCUAGUAGGGCAAGGAGUCUGACAACCCCUCCAGGAGUCUCCGCACAGUUAUCCCUGAAAGUGAUGUCACCAUGUAACUCGCUGAUCUAAGAAUUUAUGGGCGUUAACAUAUUUAACCUAACAAUAAAUACUCCAAGAAUAGGUCUAUUUAUAGAGAGGGAAUAUCCCAGGCAUAGAGAAAUGACAUUUGCUGAAAACUGCAGACAGAAACUAGGCACACCAAGACUUCCAUAUGUGGGUAGUCUCUCCCUAAAGCCCUCCCUGAAGCCCUGAACUGUGGCCACCUGUUGCAGAUUCACACACAGUCCUAACUGCACGCUACGAAUGAAGCCAACACAUUUUCACACUAACUGGAUGUGCACCCCUCUGCCACCUUGGCUAAGAGAGGUGUCACAAGCCUAGAUUAUGUCAGUUUAUGAUAGAUGAUGUGUAGGUGCCCCAAGAUCAGAUAACAGUGAGCCUUGAGAUUUUCCAAGACAAGGCUGUUGGCCCCAUCUAAGGCACCUCUAUACCCUCCUGAUGGAGGCUGUAACCACAGUUGCCGAGGGCUCAGUUAGAACAUUUGUUGUGUAGAUAUUUGUAAACUGCCUCUCCUCUGGAUCUCAAAGAGGCUUGCUGUGUGCUGCUGGGCAAGCCAUUGUGUGCCAAGCUGUUCAAACCAGCAAACUGCAGAUAGUUAAUUACUCUUGUUCUUGGGCAGAAACCAAGUAGAGCUCUGAUUAUCCUUGAAAACCCAUAUGUGCUGGAUGACAGCCUAUGAUGUUAUUGAGAGUAGAUGACUUCACAGACACCAUGGUUCUGGGAUGAGGAGUGUAAAAUGGCCUCCAAGGAGGUGACUAUCAUGUUUAGAUGGAUUUGUGCCUUGCUCCCCUCUCUUGCAGCUUUUGUGGAAACUGUUCUUAGUUUCACUACUGGACAUGAGAUGAGAGGCUAAGACUCUAGUUUUGUUGGUCUGUAACAAGAUCUUUUAAUUCUGUGGUUCUUGUUGGCGUCAUCAACCGACAGAGUAGACCAUAGUCCACAAAAGCCAAAGAAGUGGGGCAGCACCUGCAGUGGCAAAAUCAGGUCAGGAGAAUAGUGUGCUUUAAUCUCCUACCAAACUGUCUCUACUUUCCUGCCUCCUGUUCCUAGUCAUCAUUCUCAUAUUCUCCUGUGGAUGGUGUGUCCACUAGUAACUGUCCUGGGAAGAUCCCUCCAUACCUCCCAGCCACUCUACUCUUUGGACCCAUUGAGCUUUCUGAGUUAUUCCUGAAUUUCUGUUAAUUUCUGGAGUCUUGUGAUCGACCUUGUAAGCUCAUCAUUCCACAAAGUAUCCUCAUUUGGAUGUAAAUAUUUUGUGAGGAGACAACUCCACCAGAGUGUGUACUCAACAGAAAUGUGUAUAUAUUGUCAGAAGAAACAUACUAGAGUGUCUGUGGAAGUACUAUUUACAGUAACCAUAGCCAGGAGGAGCCCCUUAUGCCCAUAUUGAAGGAAUAAGCAGAUGAGGGUCAUUCGUGCAGUGGAUUCUCAGCUCCAUCCACAGCUUGAUGUGAAUCUUGCUGACUUGAGGGACUGAGAGCAGGCAAGUCCAAGCUACGGUUCCAUUUCCGUACAGCACAGGCCUGGCAGGCCAACCAUGCUGAUUGAAGGAGGGACAGUAGCUAUUCUCAAAGGGGCAACAGAGAGGGGACACAAAAGCUUCUGGAAUGUUCUGUCUCUGGAUCUAGCUGUGGGUCACCCUGAUAUGUUUGGUUUGUGGAAGUUCUCCAACUGUCCAUUUUUGGGUGCUUUUCUGUAUGUGUGUUAUACUUCAAUAAAACAUUGGGCUUUGUGGCUACCAA